AUGCCAUACUAUGCUGUGGCUAAAGGCAACAGCAGAGGUAUCUUCAACAACUGGGAUGACUGCAAAAGAAGUGUGAGUGGCUACAAAGGAGCCUCGUUCAAGAAAUUCAGCUCAGAGUCAGCGGCAAAGGCGUUCAUUAUAGAAAAUAGCAGCUCGUCCAACACAUACUCCCUCUCUUUUCUCUCCAAGUCUUCUUCGCAUGAUCCAGAUUCAUAUUCUUCCAGCUCCCACUCAUCCCCAAGUUAUCAAUCAAAGGACGGUUCCUCUACAAAACAAGAAUCGGCUGAUAUCUAUGUUGAUGGGGCCUGUAGAGGAAACGGAAAAGAUAGCAAUCCUCCUUCAGGAUAUGGCGUGUACUACGGUGCCAAUCUGGAAAAGAAUGCAGCCAUUCCAUUAUCACGGGUUGACAAAUCAGGAGCACGUCCUACCAACCAAAGAGCAGAAUUGUACGCAAUGAAGCAUGCUUUGGAAGAUAUAAACAAAGAAUUGGCCAACGGGGGCAGUACCAAGUAUACUAUACACACAGAUUCACAAUACACUCAAAAGUCGCUCAACGAAUGGUCAAAUACCUGGAGUCGUAAUGGGUGGAAGAACUCGAAAGGUCAACCUGUCGCUAACUCUGAUAUAAUUAAGGAUUCCUUGAAAUUGUUGAAUGAUGUCAACUUGAAGUACCAGGAAAAAGGCUGGGGCAAGAUUGAUAUUGCAUAUGUGAAGGGCCACGCUGGAAACCAUGGUAACGAGCAGGCAGACAGACUAGCAAACCUAGGAGCUGACUCUUAUGGGAAAUAA